AUGAUUAAGUAAUUGCUUGCUAUUGUGGCAAUUGGAACACUAUCAAUAGUGCCUUAUCUUGACAACAUAGAUUAUAAUCCAUGGUUUGAAGGAGAUACAUUCGUCGUUUCCACUGAUGGAAGCUUAAAAAGAAUUAGUAGAUUCGAUCCAACAUGGAAGCCAUAAUCAGCUUAUGAGUAAUUAUAAAUUUAGAUAAUUCUAGAGAUUAUCAUGAACAAAUCUAUCAAGAAUAAGAAAGAUAACGUAAAGAAAAAAUGUCAGAUUUCUUAAAAACUACAGCCCAUAUUUGUACAAAUGGAAAAGAUCAUACCAAAAUGAAUUUAUAGACUUAUAUGAAUGAAUUUAUCAAUGGUCCUUGCUAACCAGCUGUCUUAGUACCUGGUUUAAUUGGUACAGCUUUAUAGGUAUAUAUAUUGAAUUCUAUAGUUAAACAGGUAAAAAUUGAUUGUGAAACCUUGUAAUCUAAAAGACCUGAUAUCUUUGAAAAUUGUGGUUGGUAAACUUGUAGUUCAUCUAAAUUCUGGUUGAAAAAACCAAGUGAAGAAUACAGAAUGUGGAUAGGUGCAUUAAGUGGUCCAUUUUCAAUUGCAAUGACCAAUAAGAAAGAUAAAUGUUUUGGAGAUUUUAUUGAACUAUAUUAUGAUAAAUCUAAAAAGGAUCCAAGAGAAAGAUAUACAGCUGCUCCAGGUAUUGAAAUAACUUGGGCUGGUAAUACUCCAAAAUCAAUGGAUAAUGAAUGUGGAACAACUGCCAUUUAAGAAAUAGCCACUGAUUCUGUUAUUAAAGCAGCUAUGUGUGAUCCUAAAGGAUAUCAUGUUUUCUCAGAUACACUUAAAAAUAUGGGAUAUAUUCCAGGAUUAACAAUGCAAGCAGCUCCAUAUGAUUUUAGAAAAUCUAUUGCAGCUUCAGAAUCCCAAUAAUAUAUUAAAAAGUCUGUUGAAACAUUCUACAGAUUGACUGGAAAGAAAACUUAUAUUUUUGGACAUUCUUUGGGUUCACUUCAUUCUACAUAAGCAGUUUAUUCAAUGAGUUAAGCAGAAAAAGAUAAAGUUGCAGGUAUUGUGACAAUAGCUGGACCUCUAUUGGGAGCAACCAAGACAUUCAAACCUUAAGUAGGUGGAGAUGACAGUUUUAUGUUUAAAGUCUUAAUCUUGGAUGCUGGUAUUAACUGGUAUGCUUAAAAGAAGAUGGCUCGUACUUCUGCUAGUAUUGUUGAUUUGUAUCCAAAAGAUACAUUCACAAGAUUCAGAGGAGAACCAUGGAUGUAAGAAAUUCUUGAUAGAAUGGAUUGGGAUAAAGAAUUCAUUUCAACUGGUAAGAGACCAACAAGACCAAAUCCAUUAUCUUGGUUCCCAGAACCUGAUGAGAUUUGUGGUGCCAAUUUUGCUGACAGAUCUAAUCAUUGUUAAUUAUUAAUGCAUGACAUGAGUGAACACUUUUUAAAAGUCGUUGAUAAAUUGUAUUAUUCAACUGAAGAAUCUACUAAAGAAGCUAUUACUGAUAAUAUUAAUGCUAAUGAUGCCAAAUAAAUACUAGAUUAUGUUGAAGAAACUACAAGAGUAAAAGCUAAUAAUGUUGAACAUCCAGGUGUUCCUAUGGUUGUAGUCUAUGCUGCACAUGAAAUGACUCCAUUCUAAUUUGAAUAUAAGAAACAACCUAAACCUAUUGUUGAUUCUACUGAUGAUUUCUAUUUCCCAGAUCAUAUUACUAAAGCUAUUGGAGAUAGUACAGUCCUUGCUUCCUCAUCUAUGACUCCAGGUAUCAAAUGGAUUUAUGAACAUAAAAAUGGAUUAACUAAUAUUCCAACUAAAUUAGUUGAAUAUUGCUCAUAAUAUAAUGGAGAUUCAGUCUCUUCUAUUUAUGAUUCAAAAGAUGCUCAAGGAUAAAAACUAUUCACAAAUUCAGGAUAUUUAGGUCUUACUUGUUCUUGCAAAUUUGGAAAAACUGUAUAUUAAUUAUAUUUAUCAUUUUUAGGGAAUCGAUCAUUGUGGCCAUGCCUGUAUGAUUUAAGACACUUUGUUUAUUGAAUUUGCUGCUGAUGUUCUAACCACACACUGGAAAUCUGCAAUUUCCUAAACACCAGCAACAGAAACUGAACUUAAAAACAUCCAUGAAGGAUGCACAAAUUUACAUUGAUU